CAGGCGCGACGCCGCCAUCUUUGUUAGGGGCGCCUGGGCCUGGCGUUUGGAGAUGCCGAAGUCGUGCGCGGCCCGCCAGUGCUGCAACCGCUACAGCAGCCGCAGGAAGCAGCUCACCUUCCACCGGUUCCCAUUCAGCCGCCCAGAGCUGCUGAAGGAAUGGGUGCUGAACAUCGGCCGGGGCAACUUCAAGCCCAAGCAGCACACGGUCAUCUGCUCCGAGCACUUCCGCCCUGAGUGCUUCAGCGCCUUCGGGAACCGCAAAAACCUGAAGCAGAACGCUGUGCCCACGGUGUUUGCCUUUCAGGACACCGCGCAGCUGGUGAGGGAGAACACGGACCCGGCUGCUGGGGGUGCGGAUGUGGACCCCGAGAAGGAAGAGGUGGCCUCGGAGGCGGGGCCCGCGGCGUGUGGCCUGGGGAGGAAGACCGACGCCACCCUCGAAGCGCUGCCCCCGAACGCCGGUGGCCCCGCGGAGCAGGUCCUGCCGCAGAGACUGCAGGGCAGCCAGGUGCCCGGUCAGCCGGCCGGCCCCGCACAGUCAUCUGAUCACAGCUACGCCCUCCUGGACUUAGACGCCCUAAAAAAAAAACUCUUCCUGACUCUGAGGGAAAACGAGAAGCUCCGAAAACGUGUGAAGGCGCAGAGGCUGCUGAUCCAGAGGGUGUCCAGCCGCCUCCGAGCCCACAGAGCGGCCCGGCUGGGAGUCCAGGCCGGGCCGCGGCCAGAGCAGCAUAGCUGAGCCGGGGCUUUCCAGGAGGCGGGACGGUGGCUCUGGGGCACUGGCCGGGGAAGGACAGUGAGGCCUGCUGGGCCAAGCCUGGGGGGAGCAGCCCAGGCCCCCUCAGGGGAAGUUCAGCGGCAUCAGCCCAGGACAGGGUGGGGCCAUGAGUGAGACCAGCUUGGUCCUGCAAGCUGUCCUUCCAACAAAAGCUGGGUGGGGUCUUCAGAACCACUGCAUGAGGCAGCCUGAGCCAGGGUGGCCGAGGCGACCCCGCUGGGGAGCAAGGGCACUUCCCGGAGGGCAGCUGGGCCCAGGCUGUCAGUCGGCUGAGUGGCUGGGACCCGCCAGUUCUCAGGCGUGCCGCCUUCCCCGGCCUGGUUUGAGCGAACGACAUAAUAAAGUGUCUUCCUCCACCA